AUGUCAGGGUAUCACGAUGCAGAUAGUGGCAUAGGGGAAUACAUGAUAGCAGACAUAAAAAUUCCCUACAAAAGGCGAAAAGUGCACCUGGCCAAAUCCGAUGUGGCUAACACAACUAAAUCACUGAAGGGAGCGAGUGUGAUUGCGUGUUAUAGGUCAACAGAUAAUGAGAAGACACUUCGUAAAGCACUGAUGGAUGCUCAAUUCAGUCCUACGCCUUCUUUGCGCCUACCUCGCAAAGCCAAUAUCAAGUUCAAGUCAGGCGACACAAUCUGGGAUUUUGAACAGUUGGUGAGCAAUUCCAGUACGUCCCUGGAAACAUGCAGGAUCCCUAGCUCCAUGAAAGCGUAUCUAAGUGACUCUAAGGAUACAGGGUCAAUUAGCCGAAAAGAGUUUUCGGUUCUGAAGGCACUGGGCGAGACUGAUGAAAAGAACGAGCUAAAGUGUGCAAACAUACCACUAACUUACCCUGAUCGAUAUCUCAAUAAUGAGUUCAGACUAUCAGGCCGUGAUAGCGCGCACAGUAAAAUGGUGCGCAAAGAAAUAAAAGCGGACAUAAUAUCGCUGAUUGAAGAAAUCGAAAAUGCGCAAGAGAAACACCCUCAGAUUGCGUUUGUGGAAGAAUGUAUUGACUACGCAUGCAAGAAGGCAGAUGCCCCCAACUACGAUCCCAGUCGGCUGUUCGACCUAUCCUACGAGUACCACCUGCCAAAAGUGACCAAAAAGAACAUGGAGAUAGUGUCAGCUUUGCUGGGAAGUGAAAACUGUGCUUUGACUAGAGAAGUUAACCACCUGUUUGGAAGAGACAACGAGCAUCUAAUUUGGUUCAAAAAUCUCUGUCAGAGUGGUGGUCACAGAGAUGCCCCCUUGCCACCUGAGAGCAGCAAAGUGAACUUUGACAACAUCGUCAAAAACGAAGACCGAAUGUUGCAAGACGGAAUCGUGUUCGUAAAACGAGUCUGCAAAGACUUCGACAAGUUCUUUGCCCAAAAGCAACCUCUAGAUGAGGACGACAAAGGAACGUAUGACUCUAUUAAAACUCUCUAUGAAGUAGGAAAGUCGGGUAAGAAGGGAAAGAAGGCGAAAAACAAAAAGAAAAAAGGUAAAAAGGGUAAAAAAGGGAAGAAAAAGAAGCACAAAAAAGAGAAGAAAGGAAAGAAAGACGAAGGGUACAAGAAGAAGAAGAAGGAUAAAGACAGUGAAGUUGAUGACGUCGACACUAAUUCAGAGGGAAAAAAGAAGAAAAAGAAUAAAAGCGAUGAAGAAUCUGAAGGCACAGACCCAUUUUUGGCAUCAAGUGAUGAAGAUUCCGAAAAAAGCCGGGAUAAAAAGAAGAAACAUCACAAAAAAGGAGGUAAGAAAAAGGAGAAGAAAAAACAUCACGACAAAGACAAGUCAGAGAAAAAAGAACGCAAACAUCGAGAAUCGAAAAGUGUUGUUAAAUCAGACGCUGAGACUUCUGAAAAUGAAGAACAUGAAAAUGCCAACAAAAGUUCAAAACACAAGAAAAAAUCACAUCAUGGUGAUCGUCAUGAAGAAAAAUCGGAAAAGUCAGGGAAAAAGGCAAAGACGGAAAAAUCUGAGAAGGAGAAAAAAAGUAAAAGCAAAGAAAACAAAAGCGACGAAGAAAUUGAAAACGAUGAAGCAAACGAGAAACCGGAUGAAGAUAGAGAAAAAGGUGAAAACUCGCGCAGAGGAAAGGACGAAAAAUCUGAAAAGAAACACCAUAAGGAAAAGUCAGAAAAAAAGUCAAGGAGAGAUUCGGAGAGGAAAGAGCGUAAAGACAAGAAGGAAAAGAAAGACAAAGAAAAUGGGAGUGUUGUUGACUCGGAAUCUGACUGA